AUGGCGCGGCGAAAUGAUCAUGAAUUCAUGACAGAUUCGAACAUGACAACAGACCUACAGGAGUAUGGCCCUGUGGAUCAAAGGAUGGUUGAAGGUACCGAUGGAACCUCCAUGUCGAAGGCUGUUGUUCUAGACCGAUCGAAAGCACGAAUGAGUCUGAUGAGUCAGUUCAGGAGUAUCGAGAUGUAUAAUGGAGGCGUCAAUGUCCAGCACAGUAAUCGGAUAGAAACAUUGACUGACAGCAAAUCAUGGAAACGACAGAUGCCUUCCGAAGCGACCAAUUACCAGCAUCAUCCAAGUAACUUGUAA